UAAAUGGCGACGACGAUGGAUAGUUCGUCUCAAAGUGUGUUGUCGUAACUUUGCAUUUGUGAUUUUUGAAAAAUCCUUUAACUGUUCUCUUUGUACACGUAAUUCCGUUAUACAGCACCGUGUAUAUGUAUGAGAAUUCGUUCGUAACCUUCUGUAUCCGAGAGCGAUAGAUUUUCAAGUAUAAGCGUACCUAGUGUCGGACAUUUCUAUAUGAGAAUAAUGGCCGAUGUCGAAGGAAAAAAGCUCACCGAGCUGCGAGUUAUAGAUUUGAAGACAGAACUCGAGCGGCGUGGACUAGACAAAUCUGGCAAUAAAGCGGCACUUCUUGAGCGUCUCUCCAAAUCUAUAACCGACGAAGGGCAAGAUCCUGAUGAAUAUUUGAUCGUGCCAUGUGGUGGAGUUUGCAAAGUUAGCCCAAGAAAAAACAGCGUGACUGGUACACUGAAUCCAGAUGAAUCUGUCGAUGCACCAGAGAAUCAAAAAGAAGAAACUACAGAGGUAGUGGAUAAUAACGAAGGAAAAGUUAAGACAGAAACGAAACCGAUCAUGGAAGAAGAUGUAACAGUAUCCAAGACUGAGGAGCCUCAAGUUGACAUUCAAAGCAAUGCUAACAAGGAAACAGAGCACAAGCAACAGGAGCUUAAGAAUCAUUCGAAUAAGAUAUCAUCCGAAAAUACCCAGGUUGUUGAAAAGAAAGUAGAAUCAGAUGCAGCUACCAUGGUAAAUCAAGCCUCAACUAAUUCAGCAUCGACCGUCGAGGCUAACGGUAUCGACAACGAAGAUUCCAUCAAUCUAACUAUUGGAGAAGAUGAAGAAAAUCUCCUCGCCGAGGAGACAGAGUCUCACGACAGGCAUAAGGAUGGAGGAGAGAAGAAGAAAGUGGAAGAGAACAACAAGAAGGGAGACUCUAAAGGGAGCGGCAGAGCAGAAGCCGGCGCCAACAACAAGGAAGGGACGACAUCAGGUGGAAACGUCGGGACGAAGAGCAAGCAGGACGGUGGUGGAGACGGAAGCAAGAGUGUGGAGUCUAGCAACAAGAGUCAGAAACGGGACGACAAAGACAAGAAGACUUCGCAAGUCAGCCCCGUGAACGCAAGUAGUAGAAACUUAUGGGUUUCCGGAUUAUCAUCGAGCACUCGGGCAACAGAUUUGAAGCAAAUAUUUUCGAAAUACGGAAAAGUGAUAGGUGCGAAAGUGGUUACGAACGCGAGAACUCCAGGUGCAAGAUGCUACGGAUACGUGACCAUGUCGACUAGCGAGGAUGCCGCAAAGUGUAUACAACAUUUGCACAGGACUGAACUUCACGGGCGUGUGAUAUCCGUCGAAAAGGCGAAAGGCGACACUCAACAGAGUCAUAUGCGUAAACGAGAUACUACGAAUGGAAAAUCGGAAAAAAAGGAAGAGAAGGAAAAGGCAGCGAAGGAUAAUCACGAUGUUAACGAUCGGAAGGAGAAGGAAACGAAAAAGGAAACGGAGGAUAAAGGUUCGGAAGCAACGAAAAAAUCGGACGAAAAGAACAGCGAGAACGUCGAGAACAAAAAAGCAGCGGCAGAGGUGCAAGAGAAGAAAGACGAAGCCUCGAAGGACAACGAUUCCCGUUCGACUAAAUCAACGAGCAAAAAGCCGGAGAGUGAUAGAGGGAGGCGCGAUGAGAAGAGAAUUCGUUCCUGGGACCAUCAUCGGUCUCACACUCGAUCCCGUAGCCGCGAACGACGUAGACGCGACGACGUAUUGACGUUCGCCAAGAUUAGGGUAAAUGCGCCUGAAGAACGGGAGAGGCAAAGGUUACGCGAAAGAGAAAGAAUGCUUCGCGAAGAGGAACGGCGAAGAAGAGAAGAUAUGGAGCGACAACGAGAAGUGGAACGUAGGCAACGAGAAGAGGCUGCACGGCUGGAACGAGAACGAGAGAAAUUACGAAGGGAGAGAGAGAGAAUCGAACAGGAAAAGGCCGAAUUGCUUCGAUUGGAACGGGAACGUCAGAAACUGGAACGAGAGAAGCUGGAGCGGGAAAGAUUGGAACUGAAGAGGCAACAAUUGCGAUUAGAGGAGAGUAGACGCGCCCCACCGCCACCGUCCAUUAAGCGAUCUUCCAGCGACAGAAGGGAUCCGAGAGACAUGUACGUGGAGCCUGAUAGGAAGCGUAUGGCCACCGAGCACAGUCGAAGACAUACUCCCGAACGAGUGAGCGAUCGCCGCGGUGAAAUUUUGGACCGCGUUUCGGACAGACGAUUGGACGCGUCGCCACCUACUCGUUACGAGUCUAGCAGAUCCGCUCAAGAUUUAGGGUUGAAGAAAGAAUUUAAACGCAGUAGCGAGUUCACUUCGCGUAGUACUCGUCCGGAAAGCUUUUCGGAGGUAUCCCGUGGUAGAGAAGUGAUCGUCCGCCGGGAAGCUCUUAGCACGACAGCAACGUCUAUCGACCCUCGGCAAGUUAAGGAAAGGUAUGAACGUGCAAGUACAACCACUUAUACUCGCGACCGCGAUGUUCGACGUUCCGAUACGGAUACGCAUAGAAGCUCCAGGGACAGUCACACGCGGUACAGUGAAAGCUUCAAACCCACGAGUUCUAGUACUCCACGUGACAGUCGUUACGUCGAGAGCAAUCGAACAACCAGUAGCUGGCACUCCGGACCUCCAUCUACGAAAUCGUUUAAUUCCGUGCCGAGUAGCGGAACUCGAGAUCCACGAAACGAGCCAUCUAGCUGGAGUUCUAGAUCGUCCGAGAACGUAAACAGAUGGAGCAAUUCAAGCAGCAUGGGAAACACGUUGCGGCAUCCAGUACCACCGACAUAUCAAAGUGGUCCUAUUCAAUCCAUGGGACUCACGGCACCUGGGACAGCACCGUCAUACGAUCGUUUCGAUCCGUACAAAUCGUCUAUGCCGAGCAUGAGAAAAUAUUGAUCUUGUCCCUCUGACAAUUCGUACCAUUAUAACGAAUAGCCACGAUCACGAUCUUUGCAUCGACGCGUUUUCACAACAAGAGGCACAUACGCGCGCGCGCGCCCACACUCAUUCACUCACACGUAUACACACGCACACCGAAUAAUUAUUAUUAUCAUUAUUACUAUUAUUAUUACGAUUGUUUACAUCGUCGACAAAUCAACACUUUAUCAUACUCGAGAAAUUUCUUGUACGUAUAGUUUGAAUAGAAACGCGAUUAUAUCGAGAAACCACGAUUCACGGGAAGCACGAAUGAUAUUCCUUGUUGACGUGUACGUCUUCGAAAUCUCUUUCCACGCAUCUCUCAUACUCGCGUUGCUAUUUUUCAAUUGAUUUUCGAACAAAUUUAACCAAACGAAAGGAAAACCUUUCGGAAGGACCGUCGAAUCUACGAGUUCGCGUUGUCUCCUCGAAUCGUUUCACCUCGACGAUUCGCCGCAAAAGGGAAUAAACAAGUGGUACUAUCACUACUAUAUUACUACUACUACUACUACUACUACUACUACUACUACUACU